UAUUAUUUGUUUACUUCAGUACCUCACGGUGUGUACGGCAUGAUUAGUGAUUUGAUGAACAACCUUUUGAAAUUAUAUUCCGAUGAUUCAAUUAGGCUAUUAUGUAUCUAAAUAUAAAGCUGGAACAAUUAUAAGAAGAGAGGAAACUAUUUUCUUCUUUGGAAUCGUAUUUAAUGAAGUUAAUUGAAGGAAUACAAUAAUAAUAAAAUUUAAAUAAUUCAAUAGCAGUUUGGCUGUUAUUAAUAGCAAUAUAAAUUUCAAAUUAAUAGAAUUAUUUUCUUUUUAAUCGUGCUUUAUAGAGCAAUUUAAAAAUGAUUUGUAGGCAUCGUAUCAAUUUUCUCGUCAAUUAUAUAAAUUUUGUUAAGCUUGUCAGCAAUAAACAUUUCCAUUCGUCUCAUUUGAGUUAUGUUCGCAAACCAUCAUCUCGGAGAACUCUAAAUUCUUCAUUUGAAAAUUUUCAAGAUCAUACUGUUUCUGGUGUUUUUGCUGAUACACCAAAAAAUGUAUUUACAAACUUUUAUGGUGUUGAAGGUGACGAGGGAGUAAUUAAUGUUGAAGAACUUAAAGGAUCUGAAAAGUCAGUUCAAGCUCUCCAAAAGAGGACUUCACACCAACCCAUGAAUGAAUUUAGAAGUUUUAAUUUUGGUGCAGUAAGAUUAGAUAAUGAGAACAAACCCUCAUAUUAUGCACAUAAUAGUAGUGUUAAAUUUAAUAAAAACGUUAUAUCUGAGGAAAAAAAUAUAGUGCAAUCUAAAGCUAAUAUUACUUUAGAAAAUAAGAUAGAUCAAAAUAUAUCAAUAACCAAUGACGUUUAUGAGCCUAGCUCUUCACCUGAAGAAAAGAACUCUGAUUAUCAAAAUAUAAGAAAAGACGCAACUGACUAUAUUAAUAUGAAAAGCCCUAAAUCUGAAAGCAGCCAUGUUCAUUCUUUUAAGCAAAAUCAAUUUACUACCCAUGACUCACCUAAAGUUUCUGAAAAUUUUAUUGAUAAAUAUUAUUUAACUGAAAGUUGUACUGAAAAUGUGUCUCAUAGUGAUCAAUCUACUGACAGUUUUAUAAAAGAAACACAAUCUAAAAAGAGAAAUAUAAAUACAUCAGAAAUAUUACCUGAAAAUAAUAUUCAUGAUGUUAAGAAAAAAACUCUGGAUAAUUUUAAAUCUGAUAACUUACAAACAGAAUAUACUUCUGUGGCUGACCCUCGUAGGCAAAAUCAUUUUGACUUAUCUAAUGCCUCUGAAAGUUUCAUUGAUAAGCAUUAUUUUGGUGAUAAUUACAAAGAUAAUUCUAUUCCUCAAACUGAAAAACAUUCAGACAAUUUUUUUGAUGAACAAUAUUUUAGUGAAAAUAAUAUAAAUGCAUCAAAAUAUGAUUGUGAAACAGCACCAAAUAGUUUUGAGUCAAUCAAUGAAAACUCUAAGCCUAGUGUAGUUAACGAAAAGAACAUUUUUAAAUUUCAUCAAAAUAUUGAAGAAAAUAAAGUUACUGAUUAUGAAAAUGAUUUUAAACUGAACCACACUAUGAAUAUACAAAAAGUAGCUACAGAUGUUGAUGAUUUAUCAUCAUCUCAAAUUAAUACUAAAGCAUAUAGCAAAAAUAAACUAUCAAAUGAAAAUUUACAAAAGAAGUCUGCCGAUAAAAAAAGUUCAAGAAUAAAAACUGGUUUAGCCAAGGAAAGUAAAAUAGAUUCUCAAAUUUUUUCUCAAACUGAAAAUUCAAGUAAAGAAGUUGAUUCGGAAUCAACCUUAAAUUCACUUGAAAAAUCAGAAGCAAAAGAACCCUUAGUUGAAAACAAAAUUGAAACAGCCUUUGAUUUCGUAAAAAAGUUGAAAAGAAAAAAUUUAUUACCUGAUGAUAUUAAAAAAGGAAUAUCUGCAAAGAAGGAAAAGAAAGUAGAUAGUAAAGGAUUCAGAAUUUUGAAACAUCAAGUGCCAACUCUUAAAUAUUUCACUAAAGAUGAAAUGUUAGAACUGUUAAAAGAAAAUAUACUAUAUACAGAUGAGGACAUUGUAGUACUCAAUAAGCCUUACAACUUAGUUAUCCAUGAAUCUAGCACAUCACAAGAACUAGCUUGUUUAUCUAGAUAUUUAGAUGACUUAGCUAAGCUUUUGGACCAGAAUGCCAGUUCUCCUAAAUUAUAUACUGUUCACAGAAUUGACAAAGAAACUACUGGAUGCCUUUUACUUGCUAGGAAUGAAGUAUCAGCUGCAAGACUAAAGUCAUUAUUUGCUCAAAGAAAAAUUGUCAAAACUUAUUGGAUAGUUACCAGCAAAGUUCCAGAUCCUAUGGAAGGUAUUAUAGAUAUACCUAUAUCUGAAGGAAAAAUUGAAAGCAAAUCUCGGAUGGUUCUACAUCCCAAAUUACCAGAUGAAGUAUGUUAUGUAAGUCAUUCAAAAGCUGGUAAGCAAGCUAUAACACAGUACAGUGUUAUAGCAGUGUCUGGAAAUGCUGCUCUUGUUGAAGUGAAACCUGAGACUGGAAUAAAACAUCAAAUACGAGUUCAUUUUGGUUUUGGCUUGGGCUGCCCAAUUUUAGGAGAUCACAAAUACUCGCAUUUGGAUAAAUUUGUUCCUCAGAAAUUGUCAAGUGAUUUACUCCAAAAGUUGCAGGUUCGACAAAGUAAAGUGCGUCACAUCCCCCUUCACAUACACGCAAAACAUAUUUUUAUUCCGCAAUACGCAAAUGAAAGAAAUCUGUUUGUUGCAGCACCACUUCCAAGACACAUGAGUGAAAAUUUACGAUUUUUGAAGUUCAAGAAGAAAUAAAGAGAACUCUUUCAAAGAAAUGUUAGCGAAAGGAUUAAGCAUAAAACAAAUAUUUAUUGUAAUAACUUCAUUAUUUUAAUACUUUUGUUUUAAAAUACACUAAAUCAAAUAAUAUUUAUAUUUUAUUCACAUUAUGUGACAAAACUUCAAAUAAAAAUUUUCCUAAGACAGUUCUUGAAA